AGAAAACGGAGGAGUUCGUUUAGAGGCGCCAUCUUGAAGCAAAUCAAGACACGCUUAUUAAAAUAAUUAACAUCAAAUAAGUAAAAAAAAUAUUCAUAAUAAUAAAUAAAAUUUAAAAAAAUUAUUAUAAGUAAAAUAUUAGACAUAAAAAGCUGUUGAUUUCGCUGUUGGCUAGAUUAGAUAUUUCAACAACAAUAGAAAAUCCCUUUUUAAAGCAGAAUAAAACUCAUUUGAAAGACUUUGGAAGAAAGGAAAGAGAUAGUGGGAUAAUUAUACAUACAAUCUCUGCAACUUUUAAGACACCACCGCUGGAUCUUGCAAAAUGUUGAAUGAUUUAUGUAACUCCCUCCUCUGGUCAUAUCAAAAAUGGGGUGACAUUGCUUCCCUUAACCUGACCCUGACCUCUCGAGUGCCACAGGAAGUGCGGCACAAAGUCCCUUCUCACUGGUACCAGUUCGAUGCCCCCCACCCGUUGUGGCAGCCCAUCCUUGGCACCCUUUACAUUAUGAUAGGCUCCCUCUCGGUCACCGGAAACAGCAUCGUCCUCUGGAUCUUCGGCACCACCCGGAGUCUGCGCUCAGGCACGAAUCUCCUGGUCAUGAAUCUCGCCCUCUCUGACCUGUUCAUGAUGCUCACCCAGUUCCCGGUGCUGGUCGCUAACUGCUACAACCAGCGCUGGACUCUCGGCGCUCUGGCCUGCGAGAUCUACGGUUUCUGCGGGGCACUGUUUGGCACUGUGUCCAUUAUAACGAUGGCACUCAUAGCUAUGGACAGGUACUAUGCCAUCGCUCAACCCUUUAUAGGAUGGAGACUGAGCUACUGUGGUGCUGCCCUCCGCUCCUCGGCUGGAAUGAGUACGUCCUCGAGGGAUUCCUGACCAGCUGUACCUUCGAUUACCUCAGCGAAGACCUCUGGAGUCGUUCGUACGUGUUCGUGCUGUUCGUAGGAGCGUACUUGUUGCCUCUCGCGAUCAUCACGACUUGCUACGGUCGUAUUUUCUCGUCUGUGUCUCGCCACGACCAGAAGGUGGCCAGAGAAAACGACUUGGGAGAUCUGAGCUCCGUGAAUUUUCAUCGAAGGGAGACUCAACUAGCUCGGGUUGUGAUCAUUUCCGUGUGGUUCUGGGCAAUGGCUUGGACACCGUACGCCGUGAUCUCCCUCAUGGGCAUCCUGUCAUGGCGGGAGAACCUCACUCCUCUGGCGACUAUGCUUCCCGCUCUCUUCGCCAAGCUCUCUACCGUCUACAAUCCUUUCAUCUACGCCGUUUCGCAUCCGAGAUACCGGCAGGAGCUUGCCGUGAGGUUGCCUUGGCUCUGCUGCCGCCUGCCGAUGGAGAGAAGUCAGUCGAUGUCCAGGCAGCGAUCUCUCACGUCGACUGUCUCCCGAACUUCCUCCAUGAAUAAUUACAGGAGCAAUGGACAGCGAUCCUUCCGGAAUUCUUCUAAAGCUGACGUAACGAAGGACCUGCCUAGCCUGGACGCCCUGAUAUCGUCAAUGGGAAACGAGGCAAGCAAAAAGACCUACAAUACUGACCUGUAAAUGCAUGAGUAAAGAAUUAGAUGCACGGGAAGCAGGCUGAAUCAACUGGAUGGAUUAGGAGCAGGUUAAAUGGAUUAGAUGAAUGAGGAACAGGUUAAAUCACUGCGAUGAGUGGGGAGCUGGUUUUGAAGGCUCCCAGAGAGAGAUUGUGUACGGGCAUCAGACAUGUACACACAAACAUGAAUGGAAAAAAGAAAGAAAAUUGCGAUUUUUUUUCCUCGGACGAAAACCAUUAACCAUCCUAAUGGCAUUUGAUGGCAUUCAAGUUGAAGAAUAACAAUAGGAAAAUCAAACAUCAAGGAUCAUUAGAUGAUGUCCAGCACUACAAGAUCAUGACAUUGUCAUGAUAUGGUGUCCGCUAUAUGGAAUGUAAACCCAUUGAUGUAUGCAUUUUGAAGGCAAAGAAUUCCACAGAAAUGGUAAUAUAAAGGGGAAUAUGUGCAUACCUGUGUGUAUGAGCGUCUGUGCACGCACAAAUAUACAUAUAUUUUGUAAUUAGAUAUAUAGGUGUGUGUGUUAGAGAGAGAGAGAUCAAAAUGAAUCUUUUUCACAAUACUCAGCAAUAUGCACUGCAUAUAUCGUCAUUAAUCAAUCAUGCAAGAUAUUCCUCAUUUAAUUUCUGUAUCACCUCAUUCCCCUAUUUUUUGUAGAGUUUAGACAUUAAUUUAUCAAUGCUGUAGAUUGUCCUUCCGCUCCAU